GCGGUCCCCUGACGGGCCGCGGCCGCCUCCAUGAAGCGUAAGAGCGAGCGGCGCUCGACUUGGGCCACCGCGCCCCCCUGCUCACGCCGCAGCUCGUCCUCCUCUCCCGGCGUGAAGAAGAGCCGCAGCUCCACGCCGCAGGAGCUGCACCGCCUGGAUCAGGACGACCUGUACCUGGACAUCACGGACUCGCCGGGUCCUUCUCUUGCCCUGCUUUCCAGAUGCUUUGGAGUCAUGAGACGGGAGGGCGCAGGGACCCCUUUGAUGGCCGAGGUGAUCCGAGAUCGCCUUUGUUUUGCCAUUCUCUACAGCAGACCAAAGAGUGCAUCAAAUGAACAUUAUUUCAGCAUAGAUAACGAGCUAGAGUAUGAGAACUUCUAUGCGGAUUUUGGACCACUCAAUCUGGCCAUGGUUUACAGAUAUUGUUGCAAGAUAAAUAAGAAGCUCAAGUCCAUUACAAUGCUGAGGAAGAAAAUUAUCCAUUUUACUGGCACUGAUCAGAGAAAGCAAGCGAAUGCCGCCUUCCUUGUCGGGUGUUAUAUGGUUAUAUAUUUGGGAAGAACACCAGAAGACACGUAUAGAACAUUAAUCUUCGGAGAUACAGCCUAUAUUCCUUUCAGAGAUGCUGCCUACGGAAGCUGCAGUUUCUACAUUACACUUCUCGACUGUUUUCAUGCAGUAAAGAAGGCGAUGCAGUAUGGCUUCUUUAAUUUCAACACAUUUAACCUUGACGAAUAUGAACACUAUGAAAAAGCAGAAAAUGGAGACUUCAACUGGAUAAUACCAGGACGGUUUCUUGCCUUCUGUGGGCCACAUUCGAGAUCCAGGAUGGAAAGUGGCUACCACCAACAUUCUCCGGAGACUUAUAUUCCAUAUUUUAAGAAUCACAAUGUAACUACCAUUAUUCGUCUGAAUAAAAGGAUGUAUGAUGCUAAGCGCUUUACAGAUGCUGGAUUCGAUCACCACGAUCUUUUCUUUCCGGAUGGCAGUACCCCUGCUGAGGCAAUUGUCCAAGAAUUUCUGGAUAUUUGUGAAAAUGUUGAGGGUGCCAUUGCAGUGCAUUGCAAAGCUGGCCUUGGUCGAACAGGUACUCUGAUAGGCUGCUACCUCAUGAAGCAUUACAGGAUGACGGCCGCUGAGAGCAUUGCCUGGCAAGGAGACAGACUUCGGGCCCUGAAAAGCCGGAGACAGCCGAAAGCCAGCGCUCUCCCCCUCACAGUAAUUCUACAGUCCAGUGUUCAGAGCUGUAAAACCCCUGAACCUAACCUUUCUGGCAGUGCAGGCAUUACUAAACGAACCACCAGAUCUGCUUCGGGGAAAAGCAGUCUUAAAAGUCCAGCCAUUUCAAGGACUAAGACAGUCUUACGUUAAAGUAAAAAAACAAACAAACAAACUGGUGACCAGCACUCCAGGGAAGACUAGGAACGGAAAACCCCAAAAGGAUUUAGCCAAUCGAUUUGAGAACAAAGCAGACUCUGCAAUGGCCUUAGCUUCUUUCCACAUA